CGUACCUACACUGAUUCGCCUCUAUGGCUUUCCCAAGAAGUAUCAUCAAGACACUCGAUAAGCUUAUAUUAAAUAGCACCAUUCGUACUAUGUCCACCCAACACGUCUUCGGUACUCCGUCCACCUCCUCGGACCCCGCCUUACCCUCUUCUGCUCCCGAGACUGUCAAGCUCACCACCCACAAUCAGUACCUGACUCCGCGGCUGCUCGCUUCCGACCUCUCUCCCAACCCUCUUUUGCAGUUUAACUCCUGGUUUGCGUCUGCUCUCCAACCCUCUCAGGGCGAAGUUGCUGCAGGUCGCAAAGUCAAUGAACCAGAGGCUAUGACUCUGUCUACCGCUACCGCUCAAGGUAUCCCUUCUUCUCGAGUAGUGUUACUCAAAACCGUAGAUAAGACGGGCUUCGUCUUCUUCACAAACUAUACCUCACGGAAGUCGGAAGAACUUCUUGCAAACCCUUACGCGGCACUUACGUUCUACUGGCGAGAAGUAUCAAAGCAAGUCAGAGUGGUGGGUAAGGUCGAGAAAGUUAGUAGGGAGGAGAGUGUAGAGUACUUUAACACCCGACCAAGGGGCAGUAGGAUUGGUGCGUGGGCGAGUAAGCAAAGUCAGCCGGUGGAAGAGGGUCAGUUGGAAGAACGGGUGAAGAAUGAGGAGAAGCACUGGGAAGGGAAGGAAGUGGAGUGCCCUGAGUUCUGGGGUGGUUGGAGGGUCGUUCCAUUCGAGGUUGAAUUUUGGUCUGGACAGCCCUCUCGUUUGCAUGACCGAUUUAGGUACACCCGACCAGAAGGAAGUGAGGGGGAGUGGGAGAUUAAGAAGCUUUCUCCGUAAUCUAUCAUGGUGGUUUUAAGGAGAGGAUAAAAAUGUUGUCGUAAUAUCUACAAAUAGAAUAGAAAUAUACAUCUCAGUGUACGCACGAUUGUUAGGCUUUAUUGCAAUCACAUGAAUGAAUAACCGACUUGAAUCCCUUCUCAACUACUAGUUCCUCGUCUGCUAUUCUUUUAUGCUACCAAACCCUGUUUAGUUCGAACCUCUUCUCUCUAGUGUACGGAUAGCUCCCUCCCUCUAUGGACAAUCAAUCGUGAGGCCCUCCAGAGUAUACCUGAUGGAAUUUGAUCCAAUCUUCAUUCUUCUCUGCCCGUGUUGAAGAUGACAAGGGUGGUCGGCAAGGUAUAGUUGUGCUUAUUGAAGCGAUUAGUUAACAUGGCAGUGUUGAACGUGGUGGACGUCCCGGAUUGUGCUUAAUAUGUGGUCAAACCUUUUUACUGAUAUUUGAAAACGGAACGCCAGUGGGGGAUGAACUUAUGAUAGUAGACGUGUUAACUGACGCAGGGUCGCUGCUCUGGGAGAGCCUGUUUGCUAGCAGACGUUUGAAUUGAUUGGUUCAGGCAUUAUUCUGCCGGCAGUGUUCAAUUCUAAUAUAUCGUGGAAGAAGGAUAUAACAACCAGGGCUACUGUCUGUUUUUGUUUAUAUGUC